AUGAAUUGUACUGUAGCUGGGCGCUUUCUGCGCUUGCACAUCGCAUCAUACACUACGGCCUUUUUUGAAUCUGACCGCGUCGUCAUCGUAAAGAAUUCUGCGCCUUUAUCGGCGUUUUCUUGUGAACUCUGUUUCUUUCUUUUUUUGACUCUAAUGGGUAAAAAUCACAGAAGAAGUUUCUUUGAUAUCUCUAUAGAUGGAAGGGAGGCGGGAAGGAUUGUAUUCGAGUUGUUUGACGAUGUUGCUCCUAAAACCACGGAAAACUUUGUGAAAUUGUGCACAGGAGCUGCGGGGCUUGGCAAGCAGAGCGGUAUGCCACUGCAUUAUAAAGGCUCGACUUUUCAUAGAGUUAUCAAGGAUUUUAUGAUUCAGGGCGGUGACUUUACAACUGGAAAGGGUACCGGAGGAGAGUCCAUCUAUGGAGGACUUUUCGACGACGAGCCUUUCAUCUUGAAACAUGACCAGCCUUUUUUAUUAUCCAUGGCAAAUAAAGGUCCUAAUACCAAUGGCUCACAAUUUUUUAUUACCACAAAGGCAGCUCCACAUUUGAACAACAAACAUGUUGUUUUCGGCAAGGUGAUCUCUGGUAGUGAGGUUGUUACCGAGAUCGAGCAUCUCAAAGUGAAUGCGCGUUCUUGUCCAAUAGCUGAUGUAAUUAUUACUAACUGUGGUGAAUUGGUAAGAAAGAGGAAGAAGGAAGUGUCUAGUUCUGAAAGCGAAUCUUCGGAUAGUGAGGAGGAGAAAGCCAAGAAAAAGCAUCACGAAGAAAGAGCGACCAGCAUCGAGAAGGAGGAAGACAAGAGGGACGCAGUUGUGGUAUGCUCGGUCAAGAAAGAAGAUCUUCCACCGGAGCCACCAAAUCAGCAUGCGUUUUUGAUGCGAAGGUCGAAAACUCCAGAAGAUCGUAAGAAGGAAAAGGAAAAUGGCAGGAAAGCUGGAGACAAGCAUCAUGAUAGUGAUAGAAAAAGACGACGGUCGCGCACGCGUUCGCGGGAAAGAAAGCGAUCACGAUCUCGUUCUCGUCAUCAGCGACGGUCCCGUUCACGGUCAGGGCACAGGAGAAGAUCUCGGUCGAGGUCCAGAGGACGUCGCUCGGAUCGAAGAGAACGUGAGCCCGAGAAAAAGAUAAAAGUGAAAGGUCGUGGACAAAUGCGUUUUCUUCCUUCGGUCCGAGAUAAGACUCCUCCACAUUGGAAGCGUGAGGAGGCAAAAUUGAUCUCAUUGAAAAAAGUGCAGGAAAUGAGAGAAGAACGAGCCAUUCGCGAAAGAGAAGAACAAGAAAGAAUAGCGCGUGCUAACGCGGAAAAAGAAGAGCGCGAAAGGAAGAAGUCGCAGGAUGAUCAUCGUCACAUGUCUCCAGAUGGUGACGCAAGUGACGAUCAUCAAGAGGAAGAAAUUGAGCUGCAAGAAGGCCAUGAAGAGAACGUCGCAACGCAGAAGGAAGAAGAUGCAGAAAAUAAGAAUUUGCCUGUUAGGUCAGCAGAUGAUCUCAAUGGAAGCGAACCCAAAGACCCCGCUAUCAGUGAGCAUGGGCGUGAGCAUCAUGAAGAACCAGCUGUGAUCGACACUGUUAAAGAACAGCAUGGAAAGGCGGAUGAACUCGAAGAUGAUGCUAAACAGAAGAAGAAUAAAGAUGCCGAUCGCCAUCAGAGUUCCAGGGAACGACGAAGAAGCUCGGAACGCAAGAGUGAUGACCAUGAAACGAACAAGAGGAAAAGUUCUACAGAGCAAAGGGGUGAGGAACGUGAAAGCGACAGAAGUAGGCGCCGGCGAUCAAGAGAACGCAGAAGAAGUGGUGAGCGUGAUGAUGACAGAAGACAUCGUAGGAGCUCAAGGGAACGUAAAAGAAGUGAAGAACGGGAAAGUGACCGAAGCCGACGUAGGCGAUCAAAGGAGCGGAAGAGUGAAGAGCACGAUGAUCGUCGUCAGAAGGGAAGCAAAACCAGAAGUCAUGCGGAAGACAGCGCGUAGAGUGUACUGGCUGCGUAUGGGCUUUUUAAAGCUUCUAUCAGUAAUUGUUAAAGGCAAUGUCUCGGCAGGAUUUCAUUUUCCAAUUUUUCGCUUUUUCGAGGUCUUCACGUCAUGAGGAAUUUAUCUGGGCUUUUC